GGUGCUAAUCGAUUUAUUUUUAACAACGGCAAAAACACGCAAAAAAAAAAAAAAACUAUAUCCGCAAAGUUGACGCCGAUCAGCCAGCAACUCGGCCGCCCUGUAGCUAAGCGCAGCAGAUCGGCAGAUCGAUAAUUACCACGUAGCUCAACCCUUUCCUUUCCCCCCCGACAGCGACUGGAAAGUGCAGCGGACAGCGACAACGGCAGAGCGGAUAAAGGAGGCAAACAACAACAUAGACGCAAGCUCGCCACGUCAGUGGGAGUGAGCGAGAAGGAAAGAGUACACCAGAAGCAGCAGCGAAGUCCAAGGACCCCCCCCCAAAAGGAUCAAAAGGAGGAAGGAAAAUGUUUAGUAACUUUAAGGAACGUUUUAUUUCGGCCAUUGCACCGGACUUGCCACCGCUUCCGGGCAUCAGCAGUGGCGAACGGGAGCGUGGUCAUCAUCAUCACCAUCACAGCGGCCACCAGAGGCUGCGAUUUGGUGGUGGUGGCGGUGGCGGAGGAGGAGGAAGCGGUAGCGGAGGCGGUGGCCCAAUGCCGGACAAAUUUCCCUACGCUCGACCUCCAUUCCUGCAACUUCUCACACCCGAUGAGCUGCGCGCCUCCGCCGAUCACAAUGUUCGACCGAUUAUAGUGCCGCGCGACAUUAACCUGCUGCCGUGGGGCACUGGCUACGCCGAGUGCGUCAAUUCGGGGAAAUCGGAGUGGAACGAGGAUCAGGGAGCCUUCUGCCGACAAGUCCUCUCCGAUCCGGAGCACAAGCAUCCGGAUCUACCGUACACAUACUUUGGCAUCUUCGAUGGUCAUGCUGGCUAUGGUGCCGCGCUGGCCGCCUCGCAUCAAUUCCAUCACAUUCUGCAUGAGAAGCUGGUCGAUUGCCUGGAGCUCCUACUGCCGCGUGACUCCUCAACGGAGGGGAAUGGCUCUGGUGGCGAUGGCACUAAGCUGAAUCCCACAUUCCCGCACCCCAUCUACUUCCAGCGACGGGUGUCCAAGGAUGAGCUAAUCAUUGGUGCACUGGAGAGCGCCUUUUUCAACAUGGAUUCGCUGAUAGCGCAGGAUAGUGAUCGAUAUAGGGAUGCCGGCGGUUGCACCGCCUGUGUAUCCCUUUUCAUUGAUGGCAAAAUGUAUGUGGCUAAUGCCGGUGAUUCUCGUGCUGUCCUCUGUCAGCGAAGGCACCAAAAGGAAUCACCCAAAGCAGCUACAUCAGAUUCUGGCAUCGAACCGGAUCCCCUGGAGUCUAGCUGCUAUCCAGUACCAUUCUCAGCGGAUCAUACACCCGAAACGGAGCGAGAAAGGCUGCUAAAUGUGGCCAGGCUGAAGCCACAUUUAAUGGGCAACUAUUAUGUGGCCAUGGAGUAUGCCAAGAGGCCGCACAUUAAGGAUAUGGGUCAACGGAUACUCUGCCGGCAGGGAACUAUGCGUGGCUGGACGUACAAGACCCUCACCAGGGAUGAUCUCUGUAUGCCGGUGGUGAAUGGCGAGGGAAAGCGAAGUCGCUUACUCGGCACACUCGGUGUGACGCGAGGCUUUGGUGAUCAUGAACUGCUGGCCAUUAAUACUGGCAUUCAGAUCAAACCCUUCCUAACGCCCCAUCCCGAUGUCCGACAACGUGAUCUCACCCAGGUGGUAAGCAUUCCCGAUGAGGAUAAUCGUGACGGUGACUACGGUGUCCUAGUGAUGGCCACCGAUGGCCUGUGGGAUGUGUCUGAGAACGAGUCCGUUGCACGCACCGUCUUCCAGACGCUCUCCAAAUACCCCACGGAGAAGCAUCGCUAUACGAUGGUUGCCCAAGAGCUGGUGGCUCGAGCGCGAGGUAAAAUCAAUGAUUCGGGACACUGGCGUCUGGCGGAUAGCAAAGCGGCAGCCACUGUCGAUGAUAUCUCGGUGAUUGUCAUACCAGUUGGCCAGUAUUACAAGGAGCAUGUGGAAUGGACGCAAAACUAUAAGCGAGAUCUUGAGCAUAGACGUAGACAGGCGCAGGCCAAUAUGGCCCAAGAGGCGGUCAAUGUGCUGAAUGGCGUCAUAGCCGAGGAGGCGCAUGUCGUCGAGGAGGAGGUAGAUGUAGAGGAGGAAGAAGAAGGCGAGGUGGUUGUCCACGAGGCGAGAAGCUCGCAAAAGCCAGAUGAGAAAGUAGAGGAUGAAAAGCUGGUUGUAGAGCUAACGCCUGCCUUGGAAAAGGUGUCGUUGGAGGACACAGAAGCUGCAGCAGGCAAAGAAAGCGAGGAGGAUAAGGACAAGGAGGCCGCAACGACGACGACGACGACAAGGCAACAGCAAAAGGGUCGCAAGGGCAAGGGCAAGCACUAGGACUCAAUGUCCUUUCGCAUAUAGACAUAUUUAGAGAUAUAUAUAUAUAUAUAUAUAUAUAUAUAUAUAUAUAUAUAUUGAGUAUUUUAAGUAGAGCUGUAUCUCUCCUUCUCCAUUUAUAUACCUUAAACAAUAUACAUUUAUGUAGAGAAGCAGAGACACAGCUCUAAUUGAAAACCAAAUUAAUUUGAGGCAUUCGCCGAGGCAGUUACUACAGUUGCAAAUUAUAGAUCCCGGUUCCCGGCGCAUACAUCUAUAUUUUUUUAAACCACAAGAAACUCAAGAAAAUACCAAUUCAAAACAUUCAAUUUUUUCGCUUGCGUACAAAACGAAAACAAAAGAGAAACACCGGAAACAUUGUACAAUAGUUUGCUAUAACGUAAGUGUAUUUAUUUCUAUAAUAUAUUUUUGUUUUCUUUUUAAUUCAAAUUAAAUCACGAAAUGAAAUGAUAAGAAGGAAUGAACAAAGCUUCGGUGUAGCGAGGCAAACAUUUUCAAUUAAAACAAAUCAAAAGAAACCUUAUGAUUCCAAUUAAUGAAACCACAAAAACAAAAAAAAAAACUGAAAUUAAUAAUUAAUUUUAAGCUGCAAAAUAACAAAACGAUGAAACGAUAAACGUUAAAUAAAAACAACAAUUAUUGUUAACUAGAAAAAGUCAA